CACGCAGUGGAGGUGCAGGAAGCCAGAAGAACGACGGCUGUUUGCUUAAGAGGCGUUCAGGAGCCAGUGACAGAGGAAGUGAAAACCCCCAUCAGAAGGUCCACCGAUGGACUUAAGUUUGCUUCAAGCUCUCGAGAGGGAGAGGAUCCUGGAAGUGCUUCGCAGAGACAAACUGUUGCGUACCAAAGAGGAAGAUAGGAUUAGGAAAAUGAAGCUACAGCUGCAGGAGCUUCGAAGGAAAGGCACUGGGAGUUACGCCAAGGCGUACGGCGAGAGGACGUGCGCUCGCUGCCACAGGCGGCUGGGAAAGUGGUGUAACACCGGUGCAGUCUGCCGUGGAUGCAGCCAUCGCAUCUGCAGCAAGUGCCGCGUAUGCACGGGGGAGGCGCGCUGGAAUUGCACCAUCUGCUACGCCGACAGGGAGUUGAAGAUCCGGUCUGGAGAGUGGUUUUUAGAUGAAAAGACUAAGAAAUACCCAACUAUCAAAGACAAAUACGAGACGGUUGGAGAGAAACUAUUGAAGACCUAUAAUGUGCUGAGUCACAUAUCAAUCGUACCACCGACGCCGCCUCCGCAUUCAGAUUUUCACUUUCUGAGCCGCUCUGGGGACAAAAGCAGCGAUUUCUCUAAGUCGAUGGAGGAUUUUAUGUUUUCUCUCACCAGCAAUAUUAGAAAGAUUUCCACAUCUCUAAAUGAUAUUGGAGAGGACUUGCUAAACGUGGACAGUGGUAAACAUUUGCACUACAGUACACAGAAGAGCCUGUCCGACACCGAAAUCGACAAAUCUGUCAAACUAUACCAAGGCCCCAGUCUUCCGAACUUGUUCAAGAAGAGAAACGACAGCGACCAAGAGGGUUCCUCCACGGGCGCGGAAGAAGAAAGCUCCAUCAGCUCAGACAACUCUGAUGGAAAGCAACGACGUAACAGCAGCAUCACUGAGUGCAGUGUCUUUGAAGGCAUCAUUUGUACAAGCGGAGAGCUGGAGCUAGCUCUGGCCUACCACUCCGACACCUCCUGUCUGGAGAUCACAGUGGGAGCCUGUAGGAAUCUCCCCUAUGGAGACACCAGGAAGAGGAGGUGUCACCCGUAUGUCAAACUCUACGUCAUGCCACCCAAGAGCAACAAGCUCAAGACAGCAGUCAUGAGGAACACCACUCAUCCUGUUUAUAAUCAACUUUUUCAAUAUCAAAUAGAGCGCCACAUGUUGAACGGAAAAAGACUACAGGCUUCCGUGUGGCAUUCAGGAACCCUCCACAGAAAGGUUUUUCUCGGCAAGGUCCUCAUCCCAUUGGAUGGAUGGAAAUUUGAGGACAAAAACCUUCAGCGCUUCAACUGGUACCCCCUGAGUCCAGAGCAAACAGACUUUCCAGAGGAGGGCGCUGUGGAUCUGCAUGGAGGAGAGCGACUACGCAGAUUUCAGUCCAGCUUCAACAGGCAGAGUGUCUGAUUGUAGACAAUGAAAGUCCAGACGGGCAUUGGUGAGGCCGCCUAAAAUCACUUCUACACUUGGGACACUUUCAACGUAACACAAGUACUUUUUCAUCCCCUGUACAACUGUAUUCUGUACUUUAACUUGAGUGGUCUUUCCACCUCUGAUGUAUAUGCACUCCGGCCACAAUUUGACUGUUUUUCCAUGAUUUGUUCCACACACUAAUGAUGAUCACAUAUUUUAUUGGCAAAAAUGUGUGUUCAAAUACAAAGAUGUUUUUUUUUUUCUGUUCCAGUAUUCGCUGUUACGGUCCGAGCCCGGUUGGUGACCUUGGUGUUAAAUUCAAAUACUUCAUAAAACAUUCACCUCAAGGAGGCCCUUUUUUGGGAGCUUCACGACGACAACACUGUCAGCUAAAUAGCAACGUAAACGAUAUGAUUGAAUGGCAUGUUGUUGGAUGAUGAACAUUUAAAAUAACCACAGCACAAUCAUUUACAAUUCAAAGCAGGGAACAUAUCUUUUCACCGUAUAGAUACAUAUAUAGACAGUAGAUCCCCACUUUUUUACAAGAGUUGGCAAAAAUUGACGAGGAAUUGACCUCCAAACGUUGACAUAUAGAAAUUUGCAUUAAGAGUAUUUAUACAUUCAUUAAUUCAUUUUCUACUGCUUAUCCUCACGAGGAUCGCGGGGAGUGCUGGAGCCUAUCCCAGCUGUCUUCAGGCGUGAGGCGGGGUAUACCCUGGACUGGUCGCCAGCCAAUCACAGGGCACAUAUAGACAAACAACCAUUCACACUCACAUUCAUACCGAUGGACAAUUUGGAGUCGGCAAUUAAAUGUGGAAUGUGGGAGGAAACCGGAGUACGUGGAGAAAACCCACGCAUGCACGGGGAGAACAUGCAAACGCAGUAAGAGUAGCAAGUGAAAACUAAACGUGUAAUCAGUGGAUUUGAUUCAGCUCCCUGUCUCCCUUCAAUAUGCCUCACACACUUAUUAAACACAUUUUAAAGUUCUCACUACAAAUGCAUAAUAAUGUUAAGAUGACCCACGAACAGAUGGAAUAUGAAUCACAGUGUAGAAGUUUAACUUUUACGUCAGCAACUGUGGUGCGUUCGAGAUCAGUGCAAAAUCUCAACAGUUGAGAAAUAUCAAAUAACAGCACUAUAUAUGUAUGUUGUACAUUUUACCUGUGGUAUCAUGUAUGAGAUUUCUGCAGGAAAUGUUAAAUAAAUAUUUUUUAAAAUCUACAAAUUUGGGGGGCCACGAAUGCCAAAUCGGGGAUCCACUGUAUAUAUAAGCCUAGUUUUCAUCAUUCGUUCAAUCAUUUUCUGUGCCGCUUAAUCCUCACUAGGGUCGCAGGGCAUUUUCAUUUUUGAUAGCAAAAAUAUACAUACAUACAUACAAACAAACCAAGAUGAAAUACCCUUUUUUUAAUGUCCCGUAUAUGUUAUAAAUAUUAAAACUAGGCGUGAAUUUAACGUAGAGCCAUACGAAACACAAAAACAUUCAUUAUGUUGCCCUUUCUGAGUGGUCACCGUGCAUCACUCCAUCACUCAAAGAAGACAAAGCAGUUUGGCACAAGGUUUUUACAACAAGCCACGAGUGACUGACCAAUCAGAAAGGGUUAGAAUUACAAGGCUACGUCAGGGGGAGGGGGGGCGGCGGUCCCUAGGUACCUUCCUUAUAAGGCCUCAAACUCGUCGAUCCUCUGCUUGGUGUUGCCCUGCCGGAUUUGUCGCAAGGUUUUGUAUUUGUCCCGGCCGGCUCGCACGUUCUCAGAGUGGAGUAGGUCGUUCCGGGUGUUCUUGGACUCAUCGCGUGCGUGGGCCAGCUCGUCGGUCAGCGUCUGAGGAGAGACGACGCACGGAAGUUGUAUAAUCAUUCAAAAGAAAAUAGGUCAAUGGCUGUGUUCGAAACCACAUACUUACCUACUACUCAUACUAACUCUUUGAGUAUGCAGUGUGUCUACACUGGCAGGAUGCGAUUUUUGAGUAUGCAAGUUCCCGGAUGCAUAUUGCAUUCGCCAGAAAUGUUGAGUAUGUAUCAUAAGCUUACUACUCACACUCAAAUUACCCAGGAUGCAACA